CCUGACAUGUUUUUCCCCUCCUCCAUAGUCCGCCUUGUUUCCCUCCGUCUCGCUUAUCUGUCAGUGCUCGGACGUUGCGUGAAGGUGCGGAACCGAGUCCCGCUUUUGAGGAAAUUUGAGAAAAGUCAGACGAAAUAUACGUCUUCAAAGGACAGCAAACGACCAUUUAAAUUGAGACGACAGACAUUUUACCGCAUUUGUGCAGUUGCUUUGAAACUACAGUAAAAUGGAUCCAAUGACUCAGUCCGCCCAGAUAUCCUCGUCGCAAGGGCUUGCCGAUGGACAAAAUUCUGCUGCCAAAGAAUCAAAGCUAUCCGAUUCCUUUCUUUCCUCUUCGCCUGUAUCUCUCAUUCAGUCUCCUCAAGUUAAGGAUCUGAUCCAUUGGCGAGACCCCAAGAAGUCGGGCUUGGUGUUUGGGCUGUCCAUGCUGCUGCUGCUGUCGCUGGCAGCCUUCAGCGUCAUCAGCGUGGCCUCCUACCUGCUGCUGGCCCUGCUCUGCGUCACCAUCACCUUCCGCAUCUACAAGUCUGUCGUCCAGGCAGUGCAGAAAUCCGGCGAUGGACACCCCUUCAAAACACUGAUAGAUAAGGAUGUCAGCGUACCCCCAGAGACCUUCCGCAAGCACGUGGACGCCAGUCUGACCUACAUCAACCGAGCCCUGAAGCAGAUGAGCCGCCUCUUCCUGGUCGAGGACCUUGUGGACUCCCUUAAGCUGGCUGUGGUCAUGUGGCUGUUCACCUACGUAGGAGCCGUCUUCAAUGGCAUCACCAUUCUCAUCCUGGCUGACAUCCUCCUCUUCGCUGUGCCUCCCGUCUACGAGAAGUACAAGACCCAGAUUGAUCAGUACAUGGACCUGAUUCGUACUCAAGUCAACACCACAAUGGCCAAGUUGCAAGAGAAACUUCCCGGAGCUGUGAAGCGCAGCAAAACUGAAUGAUCAACCCCCCCCCCAAAUUAGAAACCUCCAUGUCACCAUCAUCCUCAUCUCCAUCGCCAUCUUAGACCCCCUCACCUUCUGUUCCCCCUCUCCAGAUAACCCCUGCCCCUAGUCUAACUCCUCCUCCCUACUCCAUCAACCAUCAGCCCCCCCUACUACACUGAACCUUGCUAGGUAGAAAAUCUCUGAGCUACUCAAUAUUCAAUGUAAAACUACUGCGCAGCUUAACUUGCAAGCAUUAAAAAGAACCGUGCCUGUGCAGACAGGAAGCAGGUCGCUAGCGAGGAAGUGAUGUAGCGCCGCGGCGGGCCCUGGGCGUACCACAGGGGAAUGGAGGCAGGGUCGAGUGAACUAGACUGAAUCUAUGACCUGGUUUUGUCAUGUACAGCGAGCAGUGGGUGGAUGAUGGCUGUCUAUGUCACAAAAAAGCAAAUGUCUGUACUUUAAACCACACAUUUCCCUGAUGGUAAAUGGAUCAUUUAAGCUGGAAAAGUUAAGGAAAAAAAAAAGAACAAAAAAAUAGAAUAAAACUAAACUUUUGGGUGUUAUUGUGGCUAGUCUUAUCCUGCUCUUGUGCUCUACAGUUAUGUGGAUAGAUAUGAGUUGAUUUUAGAGGCUAGUAAUGGGUUUGCUGUUACUGAUUGGCCUGUUAUUGAGUUAGUUUCCAUUCACCUUACAGGCACUUCUGUAUCUAAGUUUCUGCAAUGCACUGAACUUUUAUUUUAUUAAACCAAUGAGCAGGUUGAAAUAAAAGGAUUGGAACACUGA